AUGCGUUUCGGACAACUUUCAAUAGCAGCACUAUGCUCGCAAGCUCACGCAGCCAUCAGCCUCGGUCAACAGGAAAAGCUUUACGAUCGCGAGAAGCACCACAUUGCGUGGUGGGAAGGCCAAUCGGCCUGCAGUGUGAAGAGCGCAGUAGAGAUGGGAUAUUCGACUGUGAGCCUGUGCUCUAUGAAGUUUAGACUGCCUGGCGAUAAUACUGAGUAUCACGCUGCGUACUGUGGCACGGAUGACUUUGCCAUUUAUCGAGGGGACGGGUCUCUUUACGGAAAGUGUUCGGGCAAAGAUUAUGGAAAAAAGAUUGGCUGUGGAGCUGUGGACCAUGAUGUUGUUAAGCAUUAUAUCUGUGGGUAA